AUGGCAUUUUACCGCAACUCAAGUAUCCGGCUAUCCACAGACCGAUUCUGUCGUCUUUCCCCCCGGACGGUACAAUCCCCAACCGCCGGGAGUUUCUGCUCAAAAUCGACUCGAUAUCUGGCUCACUGCUCGAGGGACGAACCUGCCAAGCUAUUUGAAUAUACAUCAGGGCGAUGGAUCUGGAACGAUGCCUUGAAGCACUCUGAACGAAGACGUGUCUUUGAUGUAUCGGAGCUCAAGCGCUUGGCGGCCGCAGCUAUCAAUCAGAACGUAGAAGACGUGACUUCCUUCGAAAAAUUAGCUGAAGGGGGAUUCAAUCGAACCUUUCUAAUCACUAUGCGUGACGGCUUCCAGUUUGUUGGAAGAAUCCUUUAUCCCGUUACAGAGCCGAAGCACCUAGUCGUAGCCAGCGAAGUCGCGACGAUGGACUUGCUCCGUUUACACGGCAUACCUGUCCCCAAGAUCUACAGCUACUCAGCUACAUCAGAGAACGCUGCUGGCACCGAAUACAUCUUCAUGGAGUCUAUCCGGGGCACGAACUUGGGUGACAUAUGGUUUGACCUGUCUGGAAAGGCUAGAAUUGCCGUUGUCACUAAAUUCGUGGAACUGGAGUCUCAUCUGUUUGCUCUUGAGUUUCCAGCAAGUGGUAGUCUGUAUUACACCACGGACUUGCCAGCUGGAUUCGAUAAAUUCGAGGGUCCUAUCGCCAAAUCUGCCCGCGAUGGCGACUUUUGCAUUGGUCCUGACACAAGGCUCAGCAUGUGGUAUGGGAAACGGGGCGAUCUCCAUAUUUAUCGCGGACCACCCAUCUCAAUUAGCUAUUCCAAAGCUACAGAUCCAACAUCGGCACUUGUAGCCGGGGCCAAGAAAGAAAUCGCAUAUUUGACCAAGUUUGGCCGACCGCUUCACCCCUUCCAACGUGUGCGGCGAGAGAUUUACAACUAUGAAAAGCAAUCGCCCUUGGAUCAUGUUGCCAGCCUGGAGAAAUACCUACAAAUUGCGCCUUAUCUCAUCCCGCAUGACAACGAAGCUCUUGCCCGACCGACACUACGACAUCCCGAUCCGCAACCAAACAAUAUAAUCGUCUCGGAUAAACUUGAGAUCACUAGUCUAAUUGACUGGCAACACUGCGCAAUACUCCCGCUCUUCCUGUAUUCAGAAUCACUUGAAGUGCCCGAAUUACCACCCAAUUUUGACGACUUAAGCGAGAGGGAACAAUUCGAGCAGGCCGUGCUCCUACGACGGCGUCAACUGCAUUACUACUAUAUUGCAAAGACUGCACAGCUAAACUCGGAUCAUUACAACGCCCUAGCCCACGACUUCAGCAUCGUAAGGCGAAAACUCUUUGGUCACGCGAGUGAACCCUGGGAAGGCGAUAAUGUGACACUGAAAGCGGACCUGAUUUAUCCAAUGGAAAACUGGUCGCGCAUUACCGCCCCGGAAUCAAGCGCAAGAGGUGAUUCGAAGGUUUCUUGUCCGAUAUCUUUCACAGAAGACGAGGUGGCUGAGUGUAAGCGUCUGCAUACUGCGCAGAUAGAGGCAGAUGAGCAGCUCCAGGCUUGUAGGGAUGUUGUUGGCGUCGGUCUUGAGGGCUGGGUACCCGUAGAGCAGUACGAAGAGACUAGACAACGUGAACGAAAGCUCAAGGCUGAUGCGCUUGCUGCAGCUGAGUCAGAGGAGGAACGAGCGAGGCUCGAAGAGCAUUGGAUCUUUGAUGAUUUUGAUGAAGAGCAGUAUUCAUAAGCAGUCAACACUAAAAUAGACAACCUGACACAGCGGCAUGCGCUUCGCAGCAUGAUCACGGCGAAUAUGUGCCGCACCCUUGUGGGAUCCUGCAAGGCGGAAAUAGCAUGAUCCAGGCGCUCAGCCUUGUUAC